AUGGAAGGAAAAGACAGAAACAGUACCACUGAUGCAAAUUUGUGUAAAUAUAAAAACAAAAAAAUAGUUAAAACAAUAGAUGAUAUAAAUGAAUUUGUUAAAACAUAUCCUCGAACUAAUAGAGAAUUAAAUACGUAUAUUAUAAAAAAGGAUAAAGGCAGUGAUGUUUCUCUUUUAAAAAGUUUUAUUUUUUAUAUAUUUACUCAGAUAACAAGCAUUUUAGCUGUGUGUUUGGUAUUGUUUUGUAUUGGAUUUUUAAUUGGAAAUCAUAUUUCAUCUAAAUCUUCAGUAAUUAAUUCUGUCAUAUAUAAUUUCUACUUCCCAAAUGAUAUAGGUGCAAAUUUUUAUGUAGUUAAUAAUAAACUUAAUUCAAAUGGCAACUACAUGAAUCAAGCAAACAACACAUUAUCGUUAGACGUCAUAAUUAAUUUUAACUUUGAUUAUAAUAAUUUAUUUAUGGGAACAUUAAUUAGCAGCGUGUUGUUAUAUUAUUACCCGGCUAAUGACAUUGGUUUAGGGGCUAAUGAGUUUUGUUACAGUUCCAAAAGUGGUAUAUUAUUAAGAAAGCAAGAAAAAUAUUCAAAAGGGGAAUUUACCAAUUUUCAUAAGAACGAUGAAUUGUUUAGGAUUUUUGCCAAAGAAAAUUCGUUAGUCUUUUUAAAUUAUUCAAUGAAAAUGAAGCAGCGUGCUCAAAUAACGUACAUAAAUGAUUUAUUAUAUGAAAAUCUAGAUGUGUACCCAAUUGGGGGAAGUGAUAUUACCAUAUCCCCUGGUUUAAUGCAAGGCAUUAAUUCGAUUCAUGCAUUAGUCAGUAUAAAUCAUACUGUUAAAGAUAAAACUAUAUUAGAUCGGUUAACCAAUGAUUGCAAAAAAGGAAGAAUAUAUGUACAAUUACACUUUUCAAGCAUUCAGAUUAAAACUAUUCUUUUUCGUUUUCAACCACAAACUGGAAUUUUCUUGCCUUUCAGAGUUCCAUGUAAAAUCAUUCCGGAGACAAAAAGGUUGAACAAUGAAUAUCGUCUAAGUAUUAUUAAGAAUUAUAAUGUUCAAAAAUCAGCUAUCAAGAAUAUUAACUUUUUUAUCAAUUAG